AUGGAUGUGGGCAGCAAAGAGGUCUUGAUGGAGAGCCCGCCGGACUACUCAGCAGUCCCUGGGGGCCGGUUCCAAAUCCCCUGCUGUCCUGCGAGCAUCAAACGCCUUCUCAUCGUGGUCGUGGUGGUGGUCCUUGUUGUCGUGGUGAUUGUAGGGGCCCUGCUCAUGGGUCUUCACAUGAGCCAGAAACAUACUGAGAUGGUCCUAGAGAUGAGCUUCGCGGGGCCGGAAGCCCAGCAACGCCUGGCCCUGAGUGAGCGUGUGGGAACCACUGCCACCUUCUCUGUUGGCUCCAAUGGCAUCGUGGUGUAUGACUACCAGAGGCUCCUGAUUGCCUACAAGCCAGCCCCGGGAACCUGCUGCUACGUCAUGAAGAUGGAUCCGCAGAGCAUCCCAAGUCUUGAGGCUCUCACUAGAAAAUUCCAGAACUUCCAGGUGGGUUGCUCUUUCCAGGCCGAGCCCUCAGUACCUACCUCUAAGCUGGGCCAGGAGGAGGGCCGUGACACCGGCUUGGCAUCCUCCGGGGACCUGGCCUUCCUGGGCAACACCGUGAGCACCCUGUGUGGUGAGGUGCCCCUCUACUACAUCUAG